AUCAUCUAUAUUAUUUGAUAAAAAUAAAUAAAUAAAAAAGUAUGUGUAGUACGAGUGUGAGGAUGAAUUGAGGAAAUUUUUCUUUAUAGGAUGGAUGUAAGUUGUAACGGGCUCCAUUCCACAGUGCCCUCACUCUCCGCUCUCAACUCCGUUACUAGUUUCAUGCACUGGAGGUAAUUGUGGAUGAAGUAGGUUGAUAAUUUUGUACUGGGUACAUGGUGGAUUUUUGAGAUUGUGAGGAGAAAAAGAUGAGGCAGGUUGUAAUGCUGGAUGAGGGGUUGAGUAUUCUAGAAGAAGGGAUUGUGAAGGCAAAGAAUAUUCUAAUUGGACACCCACCCAAGGCAUUAUUCUCCAGUGAAGACUAUAUGAAGUUCUAUAAGUAUCCUAUUCCUUUACAGAAUUUUGUUGGUUUCUCCUGGUUUGUAGGCACUUGUGCAUUGUGCCAGGGGGAGCUUUAUGAAAGAUACAAAACCGCUUUGGAAGAGAGCAUUGUUUCAGUGGUGCUGCCAUCUCUAAAUGACAAGCAUGAUGCCUGUUUACUCGCAGACCUUCAGCAAAUGUGGACAAAUUACAAGGUGAUGACAAAGUGUUUAUCGGGAUUCUUUCUGUACCUUGAUCAUCACUUUGUUGUUAGAAGAAACCUUCCUUCACUAAAUGAUCUUGCAACUAUUUCCUUCCACAACCUGGUCUGGAGUAAGCUGUAUGGCAACUUUCUAGACGCCGCUAUUUCCCUGAUCAAUCAGGAUCGGAAUGGGAAACAGGUUCAACAAGAUUUGCUAAAAGAUGUCUUGACUUUUUCGACUUUCUUUGCGGAAAUUGGAGAGCAAAAGAUAGAAUACUACGAAACGUUUGAGCAAAUCAUGCUUAAAGAAGCAGCCAGUUACUAUGCUCAAUUAGCUUCAGAGUUGCUUUGCUGCAGAUCAUAUACAGAUUACAUUCAAACGGUUGCAUGGUUAUUAAUACAAGAGAGAGAGAGAUCUGGCCGGUACUUGCAGCAGGGUUCUGUAGAGAAGUUACUUGAGAUUGUAAAACGGAAAUUGAUGGAUGAAACUGCACAGUUAUUAGUUGAAAAGCAAAAGGCUGAGCACCAUGACACAGCAACUUAUCAGGAUCUACUGUCAAAAUGUGCUGGCAUGAGCCUUGGAGAGGAAAGUUCUGUGUCACCAUUGACUCAAUGGCCCUUUCCACAGUAAAAGUUCAUUUUCUAGUAAUUAGAAAGGGUUGAUGAAACAUUCAAGUUGUCAACCCAAAUUCACUGAUUUUUGCUCACGAGUUAAUGAAGAAUAGUUUGGACUGGAAGAGAUAGGUUUUAUCAUUCCAUACUAAAAUCAAAAGUCGAUAUCUGUUACUGUGUAUGCGUGUUCAUUUUCUUCAGCAAUUGAGCCAGCUUGGUUGGGAUUCUUCGCAUGGGGGGGACAUGCAGUUCUUUGCUCUGGAAUUUGUCACUGAAGGUUAUAUGACACACAUGAAGGCUGAUGCGUUCAGUUUUGGCCCAGUUAUAGUUGAGCUUUUGAAAAGACAGACUGAUCUACUGGUUAACCGCAGAGAUGAGAAUUUUAGGUUAGGUUAGGGGAUGGUAUUAAGAGCAUGUUGAGCAAAGUUGGAUUUUUUAAAUUGUUGAUCCUUCAAUAUCGAAGGAAGGUAUAAAACAGGAACAUUGCUGUGAGUUACAUUUGUGAAGAAUAGGUGAACAAUGAUUGUUGUUGCAAAUCAACUAAGGCGACAUCUGAAUGUAUGUUCCCAAAUGC